ACCAGUUUCAGUCCUGAAGUAACCGUGCAACAGAUAAGACGUACAUUUUAUUAUGUCCUGUUUCGGAGCGAUCUGAUUUCGAUUUGAGUAAAAAGAGAAAAAUUUAAAUACGUAUUUUAAAAGUUCUACCGGAAUUGAUUAUGAACAAAGUCUUAUUGAGUUCUAGUGAGUUAUCAAAUCACAAUUAAAAAAAAGGAAUAAAAAAAUUAAGACAAGUAUAUAUUUUUUGAAAAUAUAUUAUUAGUGACAUUGUCAAGCCGUUUUUUAUGUGCAAAGUGUUUUAAUUGGAAGUGCACCGACAAAUAAAUUGAGAAAAAAAGAGAAGAAAUUAAAAAAUAUACAAACAUAUUAUAUGUAUACAAAUUGCGAUAAGUGUGUUUUGUGAAAUAAUUAAGGAAAGCGAUUAAUCAUAUACCAGAAGAACAAAAUUACCAAGAGAAAAGGAGAAAAAAAAGAAUUAUAAUUCAAAUCGCGAAGAAAAUAACAUUGAUUUUCCAAAAAAAAAUUCAUGAUAAAAUCAUCAGGUAUGACAGUUACUCCUGUAAGCACGGCCAUGACAAGCCCGACGGUUCCACACAUUCUGCAACAACAAAAGACGAAUCGUAUAAGCAAUUUCAGUGUCGAUUCGCUGCUGGCCGAUACUCGACCAUCGUCACUGGCUUCAUCCCCAGCGUCCACAACUCUAUCGCCAAGCAUCACCACUACACUAGCAUCGCCGAUAAAUUUAAAGCAUCAAAGUCUAUUAUCUGUCACAAACCCAACUGAACAUAGCCUAGCACAUAAUAGUAUUACACCGCUAGCGAUAGCAUCAUUACAACGAAGUGCCCUCCUGCAUCAAAGAAAUCAAUUAAAUGAUUCGAGUAGCACGACGAGUUCAACUACAAAAAAUGAAAGAAACACUCCACACAGCUCGGCCUCGGCCGAAUCGGACAUCGAAUAUGAUUCCAAUGCCGAAGACGAUGACAAUUCGAUUGUUGACAUAGAGGAUGUACGAAAUGAAAACAGUAUGACGCCUCCAAAUAGUGGUGAAAUUGAAAAAUCACGCCAAAUGUUGAUGGCAACACAGGCAGCACUCAGUGGACACGUACCCAUUCGACCAACACCAUUCAGCGCGCUAGCGGCGGCCGCAUUUCAUGGAAUUGGCGCGGCCGGUGGCAUUCCAUGGCCGGGAGCAAGACAAAUGCCCACAUUUCCACCGGGCAUGUUCCCUGGACAAGGUUUUGGUGCAGGUCAUCAUGGACAAGAUGGUAGUGAAGUACCUCGGAUCAAAUGCAACCUACGGAAACAUAAGCCAAACCGAAAGCCACGAACACCAUUUACAACGGCCCAAUUACUAUCGUUGGAAAAGAAGUUUCGUGAAAAACAAUACUUAAGUAUUGCUGAACGUGCUGAGUUCUCAUCGUCGCUGAGAUUGACUGAAACGCAAGUGAAAAUCUGGUUUCAGAAUCGUCGAGCCAAAGCGAAGCGUUUGCAAGAGGCUGAAAUUGAAAAAAUUCGCAUGGCACAAAUGGGCCGUACAACAGGCACAGCCAUUUACAUGAACAUGGGCAACAUUGGCUACUUCGCACCACCAGGCAUCAUCGGCAACGGAAUGCAUCUGUAGUGUAGAAAUAAUCUGACAAAUUAAUUUAUCAGCAAGACGACCGCGUGGCAAUUUGCAUUCGCUAAUUUAAUACACUUUUUGACUGAUUAAGUUUGAGCACAUAAUAUGCGCCAUAACCGUAAAUUAAGCGAGAGAGCAAUCAACAUUUAGCACUUCGAGCAUUACAUGAAAUGGAAAUGCAUACACAUCUUCAUACAGAAAGCCACCCGGCCCAACGCACUGAGCAAAUUCGAAUAUGUCGCGCUCGGCACAGGUUUCCCCCAAAAAAAAAAAAAAAUCGGCCAGCUAAAAAUUGUUUUGCACUAAUUUAUUUUCACAAAACCAACAAAACAUAAACAAAAAAUCACAUAAACACACAUCAAUACAUGAAGUUAGAUUAAUGUCAUUUUAGUGAACUUACAUACAUUUCAUAAAGACUUCAUUCAUAUGUAAGCCUGUAAAUAGUAGUUUUAAAUGAGAAAAUAAAAGAAAAAAUCGAUAACUUCACUCAAGCACAUUUAGUAAUAUGAUUAAAUUAUGUAGAGCAAAAAUCGAGAGGAAAAAUAUGAUGAAAACAAAGAACAAAUGAAAAUGUAAAUAGAAUCAAAAUCCAAAGGUAUUUCGUUUCUCAUUCUCACUUUUCUAUUAUUUGGUUUUUAUUUUAUCCUAAAAAGCCUACCGUAUCCCCUACUAAUAGUAAAUAUUUUGACUGCAAAAUGCACAUCACUUAAUCUCUAUUUUUUCGUUCAAUUUAAAAUUUGAGCUUAAUUUUUGUGAACUACAGACACUGACUAUAUACAAAGAAACAAACGCAUUGAUAUCGAUACACAAUAUAUUUUCUAUUGUCCUCACUCAUUCAUACAUCAUCUCAAUAAAUAAUAAUAAUAAUGAUAAUAAUAAUAAUAAUAAUAAUAAUGAUAAAUAAUAAAUAAUUUUAUCAGGAGAGAUAGAGAGUGUAUCAUUUAUCUCAAAAUGCACGCAAUGUGAUUUUAUUUUGUGUUUAGAAUUUUCAUGUCAUUAGUUAUCGAAUAUAAAAGAGAAAACAACAAACAUACAACAAAAUAAUGUGUAAAAAAGAACAAAUCGGAAAAGGAAUAAGAAUUCUAUAACCUAAAUACAUAUUAGUCUUAUAAGAAAUAAUUAUAAUAGAAUGUCACAUAGAAAUGAGAAACAAACCAGAUUUAAAAAAUAAAAUAUAUCAAAAAAAUAUAAAUGCAUAUUAAAUCUUGGAUAAGAUAAUCAGUAGCUAUUGUUUAGGUUAUUGAGAUAAUGGAAAACAAGAGAACAAAAAAAAAAAAAAAAAAGAAUAUAUAUGUAUAAAGACAUUAAAUAAACUGUAAGAAACUG